AGUUGAUGUCCUACUCCACGAUCAUAAGCAACAACAGGUUACUCUCUCUCGCCUCAAAGUUCACUGCUUGUGGAUCUCUUCUUCAGAGUACACUAGCAAUGGCUCGAUCUGCGGUUGAUGAGACAUCAGACUCUGGAGCUUUUCAAAGAACUGCUUCAACAUUUCGUAACUUCGUCUCAAGCGAUUCCAACUCUCAGUUCCUAGCUGAAUCUGGUAGAUACCAUCUUUACAUUUCGUAUGCUUGUCCAUGGGCUUCUAGAUGCCUCUCAUACUUGAAGAUCAAAGGACUUGACGAUGCUAUAAGCUUCUCGUCGGUUAAACCCAUUUGGGGAAGAACCAAGGAAAGUGAUGAGCAUAUGGGAUGGGUCUUCCCAGAUUCGGACAAUGAGAUUGAAGGAGCUGAGCCUGACCAUCAUAAUGGUGCUAAGAGUGUAAGAGAACUCUAUGAGAUUGCUAGCCCAAAUUACACUGGAAAGUAUACUGUUCCUGUUCUAUGGGAUAAGAAGCUCAAGACUGUUGUGAACAAUGAGAGCGCAGAGAUAAUCAGGAUGUUCAACACUGAGUUCAGUCAUAUUGCGAGAAACCCUGAUCUUGACCUUUACCCAUCUCAUCUCCAAGCUAAAAUCGAUGAAGCUAAUGAAUGGAUUUAUAGUGGGAUUAAUAACGGUGUCUAUCGAUGCGGUUUUGCAAAGAAACAAGGACCUUAUGAGGAGGCAGUGCAGCAAGUGUAUGAAGCAUUAGAUAGAUGCGAGGAGAUUCUUGGAAAACAUCGUUACAUCUGUGGUAACACUUUGACAGAAACAGAUAUCAGGUUGUUUGUCACGCUUAUAAGAUUUGACGAGGUUUAUGCGGUUCACUUCAAGUGCAACAAGAAACUCUUAAGAGAGUAUCCGAAUCUGUUCAACUACACGAAAGACAUUUUCCAAGUACCCGGUAUGAGCAGCACCGUGAACAUGAAUCAUAUCAAGCAGCAUUACUAUGGAAGCCACCCUUCGAUUAACCCUUUUGGGAUCAUCCCUCAUGGACCAAACAUCGAUUACUCCUCGCCUCAUGAUCGACGCAGAUUCUCCAAAUGAUAAAUAACAAAGCUUUUUUCACACUUGAGUUGAGUUGUGUCUUCAGAAAGUUACCAAAUAAAUUUGCAGUCUCAUGAUCAUCCCUCAUGGACCAAACAUCGAAUACUCCUCGCCUCAUGAUCGACGCAGAUUCUCCAAAUGAUAAAUAACAAGUCUUUUCUUCACACUUGAUGUUGAGUUGUUUCUUCAGAAAGAUUCCAAAGAAAGUGUGUAUAUUUUAAUGUGUGAGUACUAUGUUUCGAGAAAAUAAAAAUUCCUUUUUAAUAUAUUACAAUUUGGUGUCAAUGGUUGACACAAUGUAAACUUUUCCUCCUGCGACAACAUUUCUUUCCUAAAUUCAA